UCGUCGCCUGGGGAAUCCUCGCCCUUUGGCCCGGGUGGUUCCAAGCAUCGUUUCUGGCAGGCUCGCGACCCAAACUCCCCGGGUCUUCACGACUCUGAGAACGGCACCGACGCCGACCGCAUCCUUUCCCCUAAGCGCAACUCGAUCGAGAACCUCAUGAAGGCCUCUCGCGUCAAGAACAGCAGCAUAUUUGCGCGCGAGCAAAAGACAAAGUACGACCCCAACUCAUUACCGGUCGUCGAACGUCCACUCGCGUCUAACCGUCCUCUUAGCAACCAAGGAAGCUUCCUGAGCAGUGGCACCGGCUCGAUAAGAGGCCAUUCGCGCGGCAACAGCACCGGCGAUAUCCCUCAAAGCAAACUUAGCAUGUCGCCGCCCAAGUCCAGCUCACCAGCUAAGGCACCAGGUUCUCCCAUAAAAUCUUCGCUCAACAAAAACGGUCGGUACAGCCAAGGUGGGCACUACAACGACGAGGAAGGCGUCCUGUCCUCGGAUGAUGAGCACGUCGGUGACGGACCGAGUCGACCGCUGCGCCGGCAUGCGAAGAGCGUCACCUUUGAUGCCAAGCCCCCAGUUGUCAAUGAGUACGAGAUGAUCACCCCGGACCCGUCUCUGGCUUCGCGUGAAGGAAGUUUCAUCUCCGAUGACGAGGAUGAGGAGGACGACGACGGCUUCGAUCCGGACGAGUCCUUGGACAGGGACGACAGCUUUGACGCUUCUCUUGAAGAUACAGAAAAAACGCCCGUUGUUCUGCCCGGAGACUGGCGGCACAUGGACCAAGAAGCUGCAAACAGUUCGCUCGCUGACACGUACGACGAUCAUUACGAUGAUAGUUCUUCGCCCCCAAGGGCCUUCUCACACAGGUCAAACUCUGAAUCUGAAAUGCGUCCUCUUCCGCCUCUUCCGCCUCCUCAAGAGUCUCCUCACGGCAGGCCUGGAUCUAGCACCGGCCUUUCUGCCGCUGCAGAGUUUGCAUCCUCUGUGCGUCGUCGGUCGUUGCCGUCGCCUCCUGGAGCAGCAGCAUUCUCGAAAUCUGACAUCCUCAACAUGAGCAACAACUCCAUGUCUUUGGAGGAUCGGCUCCAGCUUAUGGGGCUCGAUAGCUCUCGUGAAGAAACGCCCACUGUUGAGGAUAAGCACGAUUCUGCAAGAGACAGCGAGAGUGACAAGGGUGAUGUUGAGGCAGUAGAGGAUGCUGAAAGGCAUGAGGAGUCUACCGCUGAGGGCGGCGAAGGAAACGACGACGAUAUUAAGUUCCCGCUUAUCUCCAGAGAGUCCAUCCUCGAGAAGGUCAAAAGCCAGAAUUUCGAUGAUUACGACUUCAGCGCGGAACCUUCAAUUGCGGAUGAUAGCGAGGCUGAGGUGGAUUACGAUCCCGAUGUUCCCAUUCCUUCUCGCGAGGCGUCUUCGCAAUUUGAUGACAUGGUUGCCGAUACUCCAGUCAACGAAGAGCAGGACGAUGGCGAGACGGAUCUGCAAUCCAUUCCUGAGUUCCGCAGCGCCGAGGGGUCUCCGAUUCUGAGCGACGGCGGCGGGCUUGAGAGGUCUUCUUCUGUCAUUCGUCAUGAUGUCAGCGGGUCUGAUGUCGAGGACGAUGAUACCAGUCGCUACUCUGAUCCUCAUUCGGAGCCGGAGGAGCAAAAGGUCCAGACCAGCAGCACCGAUGAGGACGAUGGUCCACCGACUCCUAGGGCUCAAGAGGUUAUCGCAUCUUCCGAAGGUGAUAUCGUUCCCAAGAAGGAACACCAGAAGGUAUCUUCCACUUUGCCCGACUUUGGUUCAUUCUCCAACGAAGAUGAUUUCCACCUCCAGCUUCAGUCGUAUCUCGGCAAGUCUCGGACUGGUCCUUCUCCUUUGGAUUCCGUGCCUAAGCUUCAGGCUGAUCCAGACUUCCUUCAACGUGCAUCCACUCCCCAGGAGGAUGAGUCUGACGAAGAAGAGCCCGGUACUCCUGACUCCGUCAUCAGACAUCCUAUUGAACCUGAGGAGCAUGAGUCAGAGGAGGAGGUCGACGAGCCCGUAGCGACCAUCAAGGCGCCCGGUGGUACGCUGAAAACCCGGGCCUCUGCUACACCGGUCGAUUUCCAUACCAUGGCGCAAACUCGGAGGCAGGUUAGUGGCGGGUAUCCGUCUAUGGAACAACAAGAUUCAGACGAGGAACCCUCUGAGCUCUCCCACGUUUCCGAGGAAACCUCCACCGAGGGUGAGGAUAGUGCGGAGAACCGCCGCGAAAGCUUCAAGAUGAAGAUCGACCUCCCGGUUGGUGACAUUGGUGAAGACUUGAGCUUCGACCUUGACCGCGAAUUCGACCGGGUCGUCGAGCAGCAAAAGGUACAAGAAUUGACCCCAGCACCACAUUACGCGGGUUUAAACGCCUCGGCAACUGCGCAAUCAGGUCAAAACUCUUAUAGUCAUGGCAACAUACCUGCUAACUUAUAUACGCCCACGCGUCCACAGAAGGGAUAUCUUAUGCGCCAGAACACUAAAGUCGUCGUCGCAACUAGCCGCAAGUUUAGUGACGAGGUCGAUCCUCCUCGUGGCUUGGUGCCUCCACCAGGUGCCAAGACUGGAAAUCGUAGCUCGAGCAAGGGAACCCGUGAUCGCAGCCAUACAUGGACGACUGAGCCUUGGAAUGGUAAGACAAGACGUAAGAGUUUUAGGAACGUCUCUAGUGGUCAGUUCAACCAGUCGAAGGCUGCUCCUGGCCCUGCGCCGCCGCUUCCGGGCCAAGAAAGCAACGUUUCUUCUGGCGCGGGUGACAUGUCCAUGAUCGACGAGAAUGAGGAGAACAUGGAGAGGGGUAGGUUGUUUGUAAAGGUUGUUGGUGUCAAGGACCUUGACCUACCUUUGCCGAAGACUGAGCGGGUUCCGUUCCAACUUACGCUCGACAACGGUCUUCACUGUGUCACCACUGCUUGGCUUGAGCUCAACCGCAGCUCGCCUAUUGGACAGGAGUUUGAGCUCGUCGUGUUGAACGAUCUUGAGUUCCAACUCACUCUCCAGACAAAGUUGCAGCCCCCACCAAAGCCGAAGGCCGCGCCUGCUGCACCUGCUCCGGCUCCUCCCAAGCCCACCCACAAGAAGACGAACUCCGCCUUCGGCCGUCUUCUUACUUCUCCCAAGAAGCGUAGGGAGAUGGAGCGUAAGCAGCAGGAGGAAAUUGAGCGCGCAGCUGCUCUUAAAGCUCAGCAAGAGCGCGAAGCGGCUGCCGCCGCCAAGCGGGCCAAUGCCAACCCCACGGCCUGGGACUUGCUGCACGAUCUUGUUGCCGUUGAUGGCUCGUUCGCCCGCGCCUACGUAUGCCUCAAGAACCACGAGCGCCAGGCCUACGGGCGCCCCUUCGUGGUCGACAUUCCUUGCUUCAACGAGUGGGCUGUGGAGAGCGACCCCAACAUCGCAAGCUCAGUCAAGAGCAAGCGCGGUGGUGUCGUGAGAAGGCCGCCUUACAAGGUCGGCAAGCUUACGCUGCAACUGCUGUAUGUGCCCAAGCCCAAGGGCGCAAAGGACGAAGACAUGCCGAAGAGCAUGAGCGCUUGCAUCCGUGAGAUGAAGGAGGCAGAGGAGAUCAAGAGCAGAAUCUUUGAGGGACACCUUAGCCAGCAGGGUGGUGAUUGCCCGUACUGGCGUCGCCGCUUCUUCCGUCUCUCUGGAACCAAGCUGACCGCUUAUCAUGAGACGACGCGUCAACCACGCGCUACAAUCAACCUGGCUAAGGCCGCCAAGCUCAUUGAUGAUCGGUCAACACUGACUCAGCCAACCUCUUCUCGGAAUGGUAACCGCCGCAAGUCAGGCUUCGCCGAGGAGGACGAGGGAUAUGCCUUCGUGGAAGAAGGUUUCCGUAUUCGCUUCGGCAAUGGCGAGACCAUCGAUUUCUAUGCCGACAAUGCGGAGCAGAAGGAGGCUUGGAUGAAGGUUCUCUCCGACACUGUGGGCAAACAGGCUCCGAGUGCAGGCUCGAAGGCUUGGACGGAGCUGGUCUUCCAAAAGGAGAAGGGCGAGCGUUCGUCUGGUCGGGUGCCUUCGUACCACCGUCAACAAGCUCAGUUCCAGUCUCAGCAGGCUCAGGCUCAACCUCCACUGCCGAACUCGGGCAAGGCACCCGCACAAGCACCCUCAUCCGUACCCGCACCUGCACAGGAUAGGGAGGAGCAGCCCCCGCCUGUCCCGCAAAAGUUCGACCCUGCUCGUCCUAGCGCCUUUGAUCAUACGCGUCCCCUCUCGUACGAUCCCACUCGCCCUGGCAUGUACGACCGCUCGACGACCAGGUCAACCGGCAACGCCGACAAGCGCAGGAGUGAGAUGCUCCCGUCGUCGAUGGACAAGACGCCGAAGCACCACACGGUGGGUGGGACGAGGACGAGCGGGCGUAGAGGCGAGGUCAAGUCGAUGAUCUUUUAA